GGUAUGGCAGACUGGAACUUGUUAGGGAAGCUGCUGGAAAGUGCUCAAGAGCAUUCCACUGUAGUGGGCAAAGUCUGGCUGACAGUGCUGUUCAUCUUCCGCAUCCUGGUGCUGGGGGCUGCUGCUGAGAAGGUGUGGGGCGACGAGCAGUCCAGCUUCACGUGUGACACCAAGCAGCCCGGUUGUCAGAACGUCUGCUAUGACACGACCUUCCCCAUUUCUCACAUCCGCUUCUGGGUGAUGCAGAUCAUCUUUGUCUCCACGCCCAGUCUCAUUUAUCUUGGUCAUAUCCUUCAUUUGGUCCGCAUGGAGGAGAAGGAGAAGCAGAAACAAAAGGAGCUUGAAGACCAGCAGCAAGUAUUCUGCCACAAGGACAAAAAGCCCUCAGUUAAAGACAAACAGGGCCACGCGCGUUUACAAGGUGCGCUGCUGCGGACCUAUGUCUUCAACAUUAUUUUUAAGACCCUGUUUGAGGUGGCGUUUAUUGUAGCUCAGUAUUUUCUAUAUGGGUUUGAGCUCAAGGCCAUGUACACCUGCGACCGCUGGCCUUGCCCAAACAUGGUGAACUGCUACAUCUCCCGUCCCACUGAGAAGACAAUCUUCAUCCUUUUCAUGCUGGCUGUGGCCUGCGUCUCACUGCUGCUCAACCUGGUGGAAAUGUACCAUCUAGGUUUUACAAAGUGCCACCAGGGUCUUCGUUACAGGAGUUCAAAAGCCGCACGUGAAGGUUCCAAAGCCCUAAGUGAGCCGGUCAUGCCCUUUGUCCCAAACUAUAACUACUUUGGAGGUCAUUCUGCUGUGCCUGAACCUUUCCCUACAGACUCAAAGUACGGCAUGCCAGAGCCAAACUCUGCUUACAGCCCCUACAACAGCAAGGUGGCCUACAAGCAGAACAGAGAUAAUAUGGCUGUGGAGAGGAAAGGCAAAGCAGAAGAAAAUGAUAUGAAGGGGAGGAAAAUCUCCAGUCCUGUCCUUGAGAUGUCCAUCGAAAAUCAGCGCAGAAACAGUCAGUCAAGCAAGCACAGCAACUUCAAGAGCAGGAUGGACGACCUGAAGAUCUAAGAAUCUACUGAAUAUUAAUGCAAGAAGACUCAGGAAAAACUGGAGACACCAACAUGUAAUAAUAUGUAAAAUAUGAGUGUGAAAGACGUUAGGGGAAAAAUGAGGUAAACACAAAGCAGAUAAAAGGCUGGAAGCCAAGAUUU